AUGGACGUAGAUGAACCGCAAGAAACCCAGGAAGUUCAAUCUUCUCGAGUCAAUAAUGAACAAGACAGUAAUUUUGUUCCGUUCAAUGCAAACACACUUUUUCUUUUCAGUAGAAAGAAUCUUUUUGCUGCUGGUCAUGACAGAAACGGAUGGGAGAAUGCAGCAGUUUACAGACAGAUAUUUGAUUGACGUUCUCCAGCUUGUCGAUCGGAAGCCCGAGUUACUUAACAACGUGAGAAAGUUUCUAUUAGCCUUUCAAUCAAAUUAUCCCUUCAGGUUACUCCCUUUCUUCAUCAAUUCAAUAAACAGACAAAACUCAAUGUUACCAUUCGUCUUCCCUUCGAACAAUUGCUUUCACUUUUUGAUGGUCCGAAUGGCACCGUUUCGGUAGGAGCCUAAAGUGUUAAGGAAAACUUUAAAAUUCAUUUACAGAAUCUGAGCCUCGUCUACCUGAAAAUGGCAAAAGACAGAAUAACGGACGCUGAACAGUUGAUCGCUCUCCCGAUAUAUUUAAAAACUCUAAGCAAAAAACCAUCCGACUUGAAUCACAUUUACGAGUUAGCUUGAACUGACUAUUAUUGUCCAUAACAUGUACGUUUUAGCUUGAUCAUGAUAGCCUUUCCCGGGCUGAAAGUUCUCUCGGAGAUGGACAAAAAGAAGUGGCCGCAGAUUACGAUGAGCCCCGCCGAUGUCGAAAUCUUGGCUCGUGCCUUCCAAGCAAUUCUCACGUUCAACGCUCGCAACAUUGAAACGCUUAGGGAAGACGUACUUUCCAUUCCGGCAUUGCAACCGAGGCCGAAGUUCCCCGGGCUCUGUCCGGAAGAAUUCAUUCAGAUUGGAAGCAAGUUGUUCCCAGAAAAGAUAAACCUAGUUGAGGUACUUACUAAUCCUUUCCAUUUCCGCUGGAAACUAAGUUUAGACAAAAAUGGUGAUUCUGAAAGUUCUGGAAAAGGGACUGCUCAGCGACGCGGACGCUUUUCCCCUCAUCAUCGUGGCGAAGGAGUGCAGACUGAAUGAGUUGGUUGCAAGGCUCUUCUCACUAAACUACUUGUUCGUUCAGAAUCGAAAGCGUGGCUCAGAGUCUUCUAAAAAAGUUGCCGACAGAAAAAUUAGUUGAAGAUCACAACGUGGUGGCAAAAUUGAUGUACACUUAUCUGGGAUCACAAGCGGAUAUGAAACCGACGACUGAUUCGAUGAAAUAUGUGAGAGGAAAUUCAAAAUUGUACUUUUCUGAAAGAUUCAUUUGUUUCAGAUUAGCCCGAGUGAUCCAUUGGUGAAAUCUGCCGUGCUCCUGUUUCUUGAAAAGUCAACAUUCGCGCCAAAAGCCUAUCAGCUCAACAUGAACAACAUCAAGAUCUGCAUAGAUGGAUGUGCAAACGGAAGCGCGCGCGUCCAGGCUGCAGCCAUGUCCUUUUUCGCACGCGUCGCCGAAAAUAUGCCACCCGUCGCAUUGCAGAAAAUGGGACCGGGCCUGUUUCAGAAGCUGCGGAACUUUAUUAAACCGACAGUGGUCAGUUUCUUUCCAGGAUGUACUUACUCCUGUGACUUCCGAGUCCUCCGAGGGGCUCUGUCGUCACUGAGUACUUGAGCAGUGUCUAAAUAUGGGAGGGGAUGGUGUUUCUAGAAUCUGGAGCCUACCCCUCCGUUCGUUCAGACUCCUAUCGCCUUGUGCGCCGCCUAUCGCGUUCUGUCGAUUUUUGGAAAGAAAUGCCCACACCUGGUUACCAAAAACAUUCCGAUGGUUACAAAUAUGUUCGACGAACUCGAAGACGUUAGUUAUCCAAUCGACAGCAUCCUCCUACAGAGUUAUUACAGCACCAAGCAGACGCGGUCUCGGAGGGCAUAAUCGUGUGCCUCUCCACGUGGCUUCAGCUUUUCCUGGAAACGAACGAUGAUCAUAUAAGAUCAUCGCUGAAGGACAUUGUCAGAAAACACAUAACAUCUGACAAUCCCGCUUGUCGACUCGCAGCACUCAAGUACACGGAAGCUCUGAUCGGUGAAAACGACAUGGAUCUGCGUUGGUUGCUUCUGCAAGUAUCUGGAGACGUCAGAGAGCCGAUUCGAACGGAAGCUCUCCGUCAGCUUGAGAAGUCUCUCGAGAAACCGUCUCCCGCCGUUCCAUUGGCCAUCGGAGCACUGUGGAGCAGUCUACAGAAGGACUUCCGCAAACCAGAGGGUGAAGUGGAACACGCCGUUCACUAUGACAAGGCAGUCCAUGAGAACUCGGCCAAAUAUAUAUAUGCUCUGUUCGAGACCAUUGUGACCCGUCGGCCAGCUCGUUUGAGAAUUGUUGAGGGCGACGAUCAUUGGAUGAGAGUGGCCCCGAAAAUUGUCUGUUUGCUACAUGACAUGGACAAUCCGGACAUGAUCGAGAAGGCAGCCGAAAUGACACUUCACGCUUUGAAGGACUCGAACGGUUUGUCAAAUGUACUCAUCGUUUCUCAUGUUCGUUUUAGAUGUUCAUCAGGUUCGAAUCGUCUCCUGCUUCCUUGCAGCUCUCUACACAUCCGUGGAGAAUCCAGAUGAAGCUGCUACCCGAUCAAAUCGUUUCAAUUUUGGAAUUGCGCUUGUUAUGCAAAAGAUUAAAAAUUCCACAAGGGUGGAGUUCUCACAUGCGUUGACUUAUCUUUUGUCCGCCAUCAUCUACAGCAGCCAUCAAGGAAGAUCUCUCUUAUACGACGAAACCAAAAAGAGUCUGUUGCAAGACGAGAAUCCCGGAUUCACAUGGAUCUGUGCGGCGAUGGCCACCACGGUCCUCGGUGCUCAGUUCGCUUCUCCCGUGCCCGCUCUUAUCCGAGACGUUUUCGUGCCGUACAUCAAAAAAGGAUACAAUCAUCCGAAUUCACUGCUCGAGACAACUCUAGGAUCUCUCUAUUUCAUUCUACAGAACAACUUGCUCGCUCUGAGCCAUUCUGCUCACAAGACGACAAUCAGAGAUAUUAUCGAAAAUUGCGAGAAGAUUGCCGUAUCUCGCGUGGAUUCAUUCACUCAAAAAACACGAGAAUUGGCUACUCGCGUAGUCGGAAUGCUCAGUGGACGUGUUGAUUUAGCCGAUGAAGCGGAUUACAAGCAGUCAAUUGAAAGUCUCAUUCGGUUCGGAGGGGGGCCGCCUCAGCAGGAACUCCAGCUGACCGUCGGAGAGGCCAUUGUUGACGCGAUUCUCGGAGAAAAGGCAAUGUCGAAGAGAGACUAUUACCUGCAGGAUUCGGACAUGAUGGUACUGGCUGAGAGAAUGGGGACACCUGAAAAACUGCAGAUUGUCAACAACCGGAUUUUCGCGUUCAUCAGAGACUUGCUGGAAAAUGUAAGUGAGCUGUUGCAUUAAAUGUUUAAAGGAACUCGAUUUCAGAAGAAAACAAACCAAAAUCAACAUUUCCGGAAAGCUGAGCUCGUCUGGCUGUUCGUUGUGGUUCAGAACUUUUCGACGUGGGGAGCGGAAGUGUUGAACGACGCCGAACUUCUCUCGGCAGUGCAAGAAUCAUUUGCCGAUGGACUCACAGAGAACGACGAAUUUGCGCAGGACAUUUCUUCGAAAGGAAUGGGUAUCGUGUACAGUUUGGCGGACGGAGAGUUGCGGAAGAAGCUCGUCGAUUCACUGAUGCUCACUUUGACUGAAGGAAAGCGACCAGAGGCCAAAGUGGAAGGAAGCACGCAACUCUUUGCUCAAGGACAACUCGGAACGACUCCUACCGGUGGUAAACUGACCACCUAUAAAGAACUUCUCACUCUAGCAAAUGACCUGAAUCAGCCGGAUCUCGUGUACAAGUUCAUGCAACUUGCACGUCAUAAUUCGACGUGGAACUCGAAAAUGGGAGCCGCGCAUGGAUUCGGGGCACUUUUGGAAAAUGCCAGAGAGGAGCUCGAACCGUAUUUGGGUCAGCUGGUGCCGAAGCUAUUCCGAUUCCGACACGACCCGGAAAUAAAAGUGCAAGCGGCGAUGAAAUCGAUUUGGUCUGUGCUGACAGCGAAUCGGAAGAACGUCGUGGAUGAGUUUGCGAACGAGAUUGCCAAGGAACUGAUUCCUGCUCUGACCGACAGAGAAUACCGAGUACGAGAGUCCGCCUGUCUCGCACUUUCCGACUUGCUCCGUGGAAACGACACGCCCGAAAUGCAUCAGCGCAUUCCGGAUUACUUGGAGGCCAUUCUGCGAGUCAGAGAUGACGUGAAAGAGUCGACCCGUGAAGCAGCGGACAAAGCUGCCGAUGCAAUUGGGAAACUUAUCGUGCGCUUGGGAUCCACACCUAAUCUGAAAAAGGCGAACGAUUUCUUUGCGAUCGCACUUCCGGCACUUAUCGACAAAGGAAUUCUGAAUUCGUCAGUUCCAAGAAACCAAAAAUUCUGCCUCGCUUUGGUGCUGGAACUGACAAAAUCCGCUGGAAAGCAAUUAAAACCGUACAUUUCCAAACUAAUUCCUCUCCUUAUGGACACGAUCAGUGAGACAGAGGCUCCCGUUCUCAACUACAUGGCCGUGAGAUCGACCCAGCACCAAAUGGAAGCGCUCGACGAUGCACGUGCUUCGAUCGCCAGAUCUUCUCCGAUGAUGACGGCUGUCAAUGAUCUUCUUCCUCAUGUAAAACAAUUCCACGUUGAAUAGCUUCCAUUAAACAUUAAUUUCAGAUCGACUCUGAAGUGCUGAUAGACCUGACGCCGAGAGUGUGCGACACUCUCCGAUCAUCCGUCGGCAUGUCCACCCGCUCCUCUGCUUCUCAGUUUGUCACUCAAUUGGCUCUUCGUGCUCCGCAGCUCUUGAUCGACCACACUGCUCAGUGCGACAAGCUCUUCUCGGCCCUCAUUCCGGGAAUCCGCGAUCGCAACCCGUCCAUCCGCAAGCAGUUCGCCAAUGCACUCUCUUAUUUGGCCAAGUUUGUGUCGCCUAAUCAGAUGAAGAAGUUGAUCACCGCGGUCGUUUCCGAGCUGCUCACUAACGACGAAGAAAAGAAGCUAUCCUGUUGCCAUGUGAUCAGCAAUUUGGCGGCUAACUCUGCUGAAAUGCUCAGCGGAUACACGCCACAGAUUGUCCCGUAUAUCAUGCUUGAGAAGUGUCGGGAAGUGCCGAAAGGCGACGAGGAGGCCCGUCAGAAGCAGGAGAAAUGGAACGAAGUGUGGGCAGAGAUCGUGCCAUCGACCAGUGCCGCCGUUCGUCUGUACAAGGACGAGAUUCUCGCGUUGGCGACCGAUUUGGUGACGAACAAUGAAGUAUGGGCGGUCCGGAAACACGCGGCCACGGUGAUCGGACAGACUUUCGAGACUCUAAAGCAGGACGCGGGCGCCGAGUUGACCAGUGAGUGAAACGGUGACCGAACGACGACACGAUCGAUAUAACUUUCAGAAAAAGUAGCUUCUUCUCUCCUUCUGAAUUUGAACGGAAGAGUUUGGGACGGAAAGGCUGAAAUUCUGAAGGCUCUCGCAAAGACACUUGAGGCGGGCGGCGAUGAAUUCAAAAGGAAUCUGCAACAAAACGAAGCUCAGGAAAUUGUGAGUGUCCUUCAGAGGGAAUCAUCGAGGAAGAACACCGAUUACGCGUGCUCCGGCCUAUCGACACUUGCAGUCUGGGCUGUUGUCUCUGGAAACGUGGCAUCUGCCGACUGGUUGGUCCAGAAAGUGGCAGAGAACAUAACAAAGUUGACUGGGUAAGGUUGAUCAAAGAAAAAUGAGCUUAGAGUCUUGUUUAGAACGCGUGACGAAGAAGAUUCGGACGAUCAAAUGGACGGUCUUUCGAAUUUGGAGAAAGAGAUUCGCGUGUCCAAAUUGGUCACUCUCAAUCUGACGGCUCUCGCAUGCUGUCUCCCGGCCUUUGAAACCGGAGCGCAGGCUGAAAAUGCGAUAUCAAAAGUGGCCGAAUAUGUGAAUGACACUGCGAUCGCAUGGAAAUCGAAACAGAAUUUCUUUGUAGAGCUGGCCAAGAGCAUCGAGAAGUGAGUAGCUGCGCGCGUAGACGUGCCAAUGUUCUUGUUCUCUUUCACAGAUGGAAUCCAAGAGAGGCAGUAAAUGCAUCGGAACUCGUUGACAAUCUGUUCGAGCAAGGCGACGUCUUCUGCGCUCAGCAGAGAAAGACGGUGGCCGCGGAUGCGUUGCAAGUGGUGCUCCGUAUUCAGGAUAAGUCCGAAUUGUUCGGAGUAGACUGGAACGGCGUGGUCGAGCGGGCGAAUCGAAGUGUGGCGGGAAGCGUUACCGGGUUGGACAAGCGGUUCGAAGCCAGGAUGGAGACUGACUGA